GGAGGAGAGCAGAGUAUACCGCAGACAUCAUUUCUACUACAGUGGCGGAGCCGUGCAGGACCUGUUUCACUGCAGGGGGAUCCAAAACAAGCCCCGUGGAGCAGCCGCCAGCGCUUGCCGCCGCCGCCGCCGCAAGACACAGUUUCUCUCCCUCUGCCCCCCCUUCCCCACGCCACCCCAGAUCCAUUUACACUUUACACACACUGGAGCAAAAUGAGAGUUGAUUUUGAGGCCUCCCAAGUCGUGCUGCUACAGAUCGUGAGAAAGCGAGAAAGGGAGGACUUCAGCCUGCAGGAAAGGUCUUGAAACACGUGCGGUUCGGGGUCUAGCUAUUUUACAUUGAGCUUCUCUACUGCCACCCGUUGUACACGAACAAAAAUCUGUGUGAGCAUCUGCAGGGAAGGAAGUGACAGCUUAUGCUUCUCCGUUGUGAUGAAAGCCCAUGGUACAGGUGUUGUCACUGCACCGUGAGAGGUGGCGAGAAGGCGUCUGAGCUCAGGAGCACUGCGGCUUCUUGUGGGAAGUCUCCAUGGUGAAGGACAGGCCGGAGCUUCCUGCGAACGGCUCACAGUGAAUGUUAUUCCCGAGCAGCUGCUGGCGCGCCGCACCCCGCGGGGACAUGAUCCCUCAUGAAGAGCCUGGCUGCCCCGCGGAGAUCCACUGUGACUUUCCAUGUCUCCCACUAGACCCCGAGCCCGCCAGACAGUGAAGCAGCCACCGUGGAGGGGGGACGGCGAAAAAUGAAAUCCAACCAAGAGCGGAGCAACGAAUGCCUGCCGCCCAAGAAGCGCGAGAUCCCCGCCCCCAGCCGGGCCUCGGAGGAGAAGGCGGGCGGCGGCGGCGGCGGCAGCGGCAGCAGCGGUGGCGGCGGCGGCGGCUCGGUGCUGCCCCCCAGCGGCGACAACCACCGCGCCGAGGCCGUGCCAUGGCUCCCGGGGACGCCAGGGGGCGCUCGCGGCCACGGGGGCAGCAGCAGCGGCGGCGGCAGCAGUGGCGGCGGCGGAGGAGGAGGCGGCGGCGGCAGCGGCAGCAGCGGCAGCGGCAGCAGCAGCAGCAGCUGCAACAGCGGCAGCGGCAGCAGCAGCAGCGGGCGCCACGGGCCCACCGCCGCCGUCGAGCUGGGCUUGCAGCAAGGCAUCGGGCUGCACAAGGCGCUGGCGGCGGCGGGGCUGGACUACUCGCCGCCCAGCGCGCCCCGCUCCAUGCCCGCCGCCACGCUGCCCCCCUCGGCCUACCCGCCGCCGCCGCCGCCCUCGGGGACGCCCGUGUCGCCCGUGCAGUACGCGCACCUGCCGCACACCUUCCAGUUCCUGGGCUCCUCGCAAUACAGCGGGCCCUACGCCGGCUUCAUCCCGUCGCAGCUGCUCUCGCCCACGGCCAGCCCGGCCACCAGCACGGUGGCCUCGGCCACGGCCACGCCGGCCCCGCGCUCGCAGCUGGAGGCCUACUCCACCCUGCUGGCCAGCAUGGGCAGCCUGAGCCAGGCGGCCGGCCACAAGGCCGACCCCCGCCGCCGCCGCCCCCCGCCGCCGCCCCCGCCGCCGCCGGCCGCGCACCUGGGCCGCGGCGCGCCCGCACUCGUGGCCGCAGCAGCCGCCGCUGCCUCCCCGCCGCCCGCCGGCGCGCAGAGCCCCUUCGUGCACCUGGCUGGCUCGCCGCAGAACUCGGGGCGCGCCGCCGCCUCGCCCCCGGCCCUCCCCGUGCACCUGCACCCGCACCCGACCAUGAUCCCGCACACGCUCACCCUGGGGCCCUCCCCGCAGGUGCUCGUGCAGUACACCGACGCCGCCGCCGCUGCCGCCGCUGCAGGUGGCCACUUCGUGCCCCGCGACGCCGCCGCCGCCAAGAAGCCCGACGGCGGCCGGCUGCAGCAGGCCCUGCAGGCCAAGGAGCUCCUCAACGGGGAGAUGGAGAAGGGCCGCCGCUACGGCGCGCCCCCCGCGCCCGGCAAGCCCCCCGCGCACCCCUACGAGCCCCGGCACGUGGUGGUGCACCCGGGCUCCGGCGACUACGGCGGCCGCGACACCGCGGGCGUGCGCACGUCCGUGAUGGUCCUCCCCAACAGCGGCCAGCCGGGCGCCGAGCUGGACGUGCAGCCCGUGGCCCACCGCGACGCCUCCCCCUCGGCCCUCAAUGACAAGAGCGCCCUGCACCUGGGCAAGGCCGGCCACCACCGCGCCUACGCGCUGUCCCCGCAGCAGGCCCUGGGCCCCGACGGCGGCGUGAAGGCGGCCGCCGUGGCCACGCUGUCGCCGCACACGGUCAUCCAGACCACGCACAGCGCGUCCGAGGCCCUGCCCGUGGGCCUGCCGGCCACCGCCUUCUACGCGGGCGCGCAGCCGCCGGUCAUCGGCUACCUGAGCGGCCAGCAGCAGGCCAUCACCUACGCCGGCGGCCUGCCCCAGCACCUGGUCAUCCCGGGCACCCAGCCCCUGCUCAUCCCCGUGGGCAGCCCCGACCUGGAGGGCUCGGGCGCGGCCCCGGCCAUCGCCACGUCCUCGCCCCAGUUCGCUGCAGUGCCUCACACCUUCGUCACCACGGCCCUCCCCAAGGGCGAGAACUUCAGCCCCGACGCGCUGGCCACGCCGGCCGCCUACCCGGCCAUGGUGCAGGCGCAGAUCCACCUGCCCGUGGUGCAGUCCGUGGCCUCCCCGGCCGCCGUGCUGCCCCCCACGCUGCCCCCGUACUUCAUGAAGGGCUCCAUCAUCCAGCUGGCCAACGGGGAGCUGAAGAAGGUGGAGGACUUGAAAACGGAGGAUUUCAUCCAGAGCGCCGAGAUCAGCAGCGACCUGAGGAUCGACUCCAGCACGGUGGAGCGCGUGGAGGACAGCCCCAGCCCCGGCGUGGCCGUGAUCCAGUUCGCCGUCGGGGAGCACCGAGCCCAGGUCAGUGUUGAAGUUUUGGUAGAGUACCCUUUUUUUGUGUUUGGACAGGGCUGGUCAUCCUGCUGUCCCGAGAGAACCAGCCAGCUCUUUGAUUUGCCGUGUUCCAAACUCUCCGUUGGGGAUGUCUGCAUCUCGCUCACCCUCAAGAACCUGAAGAACGGCUCUGUUAAAAAGGGCCAGCCCGUGGAUCCUGCCAGUGGCCUGCUAAAGCCCACCAAGCCCGACGGCCUGGCGGGCAGUAGACACAGGUACGCCGAGCAGGAGAACGGAAUCAAUCAGGGAAGUGCCCAGAUGCUCUCGGAGAACGGUGAACUCAAGUUUCCCGAAAAGACAGGCUUGCCCUCCGCCGCGCCCUUGCUCACCAAAAUAGAACCCAGCAAGCCCGCAGCCCGGAGGAAGAGGAGGUGGUCGGCGCCCGAGACCCGCAAACUGGAGAAGUCGGAAGAUGAGCCACCUUUGACUCUUCCCAAGCCUUCUCUCAUUCCUCAGGAGGUUAAGAUUUGCAUUGAAGGCCGGUCUAACGUAGGCAAGUAGCGGCAGCGUGGGCAAAGGAGAGCUGGCUGACCCUCAUCAUGUGUAUCCAGAUUACUGUACUGUAGGCUAAAUAACACAGUAUUUACAUGUUAUCCUCUUCCUUUAGGUUUCUGUUCUAACCUGGUCAUUAGACUUAACAGCUGGGGUGGCCGGCUCUCACCACGUGGGUGC